UCCCAUUAAUUACUUUCUCUAUAAGUAUCUUUAACCCACUUUUUUCUAAAAAACAUUCGUUCGAAAGCAAGAGUUAUACAAAUGGCCAAUUCUAUCAAAUAUGCAUUCCUCUUCUUAAUUCUUAUCUCUUUACUGUCAGUCUCUAACCUCGUUCAGGCUUCUGGUGGUGGUGGCAGACUUCAUCCUCAAGAUUGCAGACCGAAGUGUAACUACCGUUGCUCAGCAACAUCACACAAGAAGCCAUGCAUGUUCUUUUGCCUUAAAUGUUGUAGCAAAUGUCUUUGUGUUCCUUCGGGCACUUAUGGCAACAAGCAAAACUGUCCUUGUUACAACAAUUGGAAGACCAAAGAAGGCCGUUCAAAAUGCCCUUGAGUUCCUUUUAUAAGCAAAUACACUUUGUAUCAACGGUCACUUAUAUCGUUUUGAUAUGUGUCGGCUAAUUAGCAGAAUCUACUUGUCUUUACUUUCUGUUUGCUCUUAUCCAUUGUUGUGCUAAGAUGUUAUAAGUCUUCUCACGCUUGGCCUUAGUAUGAUGACCCGUUUAAAGGAUUAAUCGAAGCCUUACUCUCGUUUUUCA